AUGCGCCCAUUUCUAUUUCACGGCGCACUUAGUGCCGUGCAAAGUGCAUCGUUGCGCGUCGCUUCGCCUGUGCAGACAGCUUUACUACCGUCCGUAGCACUCACUCGGACUAGUUUGGCUGGCACUACUCUUACAGCCCUCCCGACAUUUGCAUUUGGUGGCUCGGUUCAGACACGAAACUCGGCGAAACGUGGUGGCGGUACGACAAAGAACAACCGAAACAGUGCUGGUCGCCGUCUCGGUGUAAAGCGGGCUGGUUCUACCGCCGUUGUGCCGGGCAAUAUCAUCGUACGCCAACGUGGCACAGAGUGGCAUCCUGGCGAGCAUGUGCGCAUGGGCCGUGAUCAUACACUCUAUGCUACAGUGCCAGGCUUUGUGCAUUUCUACAAGCCACUUCCUCCUGAUGGUCCCAAACCUCCAGCUCAAUCACUACGUGGUCUUCCGUUGCGCUUGCCUGAACGGACAACAGUGCAUGCAAAAAACUGUGAAUCUGUACGACCUCAUCCCUCUUCAAAGAAACGUGAGCGUCGAUACGUCGGAGUCGUUCUCCAAGCACACGAACAACUUCCAAGACCACCCAGCGAGCCUCGAUCUCGUCUCUUUGACAAGAUUGAUCUCAAUGCGCUAGAACGCGAAAAGGAACUGCUCCGCCAAGGAUAUGAACCGCUGGCUAUGCAUCCAUCGUUGUCAUAG